UAUGUCAACAGCCAAAAUGACCAAAGGACCUCUUCUCUGGCUGGUGAUUGAGCUUGGGUGGCUUUAUCUGACACCAGCUGCAUCAGAGAAUAUUGUGACUGGGUUUUUGGGUCAGCCAGUGACUUUGCCCUGUUUGUACUCAUCCUGGUCUCAGAGCAGAAACAGCAUGUGCUGGGGCAAAGGCCAGUGUCCCAACUCAAAAUGCAAUGAGGAGCUUAUCCACACUGAUGGGAUGAGAGUGAUCUCAAGUAAAUCAGCAAAAUAUGGACUUCUGGGGAAUAUCUGGAGAGGCAAUGUCUCUUUGACCAUCUCCAACCUUAAUGAAGGUGACAGUGGUGUGUAUUGCUGCCGUAUCGAGGUGCCUGGCUGGUUCAAUGAUGUAAAGAUGAACAUUCGCCUGCAGCUGCAGAGAGCCACAACAACCACACAUAGAACAACAACAACACUCCAAAUGACAACCACGCACCAAACUACAACCACGCUUCCAACUACCACUCCGCGCCGAACCACUACUCCACAUGAGACGACAACCACAGCCGUGCUUUCAACAACAGUAAUGACUACAACUGACCUCACAACCAGAGCACCAUUUCAGACAAGAGCCACUGCUGUCCUCACAGCAACAGCCAACACAUGCCCUCUGGCAACCUCAAGCUUCCUUCCAGAAACAGUCACAGAAGGACCCUUCUUUACAGCAGAAUCAGAAACCAUCCUCUCCAGUGACACUUGGAAAAGCACUGAGUCUACUGCAGACAUUGCCCUACUCACAUCCAAAGACUCUGAAGCUUGGGAUUUCCUGUCAACUCCCCAAGAGGACUCAAUAUCGAAAAUGAGUGAUUUAGUAACUUCACCUCAGCCUAGAACAUCUGAGAUGACAAUUGUACAAAACAGAACACAGCAGAUGACAGAACCAUUGCUUCGCUUGGGAAAAACUGAGAACCUGCCUUUAAUCAUUGUACCUACCUUGGGAUUUGUGCUGUUGGUAUUGCUUGUGGGCUGUUUCCUGAGAGGUAAAAUCAUGGAAACCAAUUGCUUGCAGAAAGACACAAGGCUAGACAAUGCUGGAGAAUGUAAAAAUGUCCUCAGUGACAUGCAGCAUGAAGGAGAAGAUGAAGAUGGCCUUUUUACACUCUAACACGCUACUUUUUCUUAGCAUGACAGAAUAUGGGCAUGACACAUGAAGUGACAAAAUAACUUUUAAUACGUUUGGGAUUUUAUUUUAUGUAAAAGCCUACUUGUUCACAGAUGUCAUUGACCCAGCUUGCUGUAGUUUCACAAAUGAAAGGUACUUUAGGAACCACACUUCCUUUGCCCAUGUUUGAGUCUUAUCGUUGGUUAUCACUGCUAAGUGAUCUUUCAUAGUGUGCUUGAAUGCUGUCAGUGAUGGUGAACUCAUUACCACAUCCAAGGGAAUUUGCUCAGUCUCAGGGCAGUUCUGUGAUUAAGAAAUAUUUAAAGCAAAACCUAUCUCCAAAUACCAUCUGCCUUGUUGUGCUUACACAGAAAAUGUCCAAUCUUUCUUUCACCUGGUAGCUCUCCAGAUACUGAAAGGAGAACCUGAUGUUUCUAUACAUUUUCUUUUUGCUUCUGGGAUGUGAUUUCUGGUCCUUUUGCUACCUUAGUUGGCUUCAUCUUGUUUGUAUUUGUCUACCUCUUUUUAUAACCAGCUUUCAGAGCUCAGUGACCCACUCUGGGUAUGGUAUGAACAGCCUAGCAAGGGUCCUCAAACUUUUUAAACAGGGGACCAGUUCACUGUCCCUCAGACCAUUGGAGGGCCAGAUUAUAGUUUAAAAAAAAGUAUGAACAAAUUCCUAUGCACACUGCACGUAUCUUAUUUUGAGGUAAAAAAACAAAACGGGAACAAACACAAUCACACCGCCGCACAUGGCCCAUGGGCCAUAGUUUGAGGACCCCUGGAGAGUUUGUGCUUCAUUAAUAAUGCAGGAAGUGACAUGGAAUCACACCAUAAUUGGUUCACUUCUAAAAGUCCCAUAUUGUCUAUUAUUUUCUUUUCACAUUUAAGUGUUUUAGAGGUGACCACAGUGUCGCAUCUUAAUUCUUGCCUGGGGAAUUUAAUUUUGGAAAUAGCCAAGAGUCUAGGGGAGCAAAAUGUGGCAAAAUGAUAGGGCUGUUCAACCAGGGGAAGUGCUUGGAUGUGACAGCAAGGGGAUCCAAAUAAGUUUCUCUAAAUACAACUCAUGGAAAUUUGCUCUUCAAUAAGAACAGGUUUACUUUAAAAUUUUAAUAACUACUAGCAUGAGGGAUCCUGGGAGAGCAAUUAAAGCUAACAGUUGAAUUAAUGAAUAGAAAAAAAUGUCUGCCUUAGUGUGAGAGCGUUCUGGUUGGGCAGAAAUGUGAAAAGCAAACCAGAUCUGAAAGGCAUUUCUCUGAAACAAUUCCCCACACGUUGAGACCAAUAGCGGUAUCAAUGGGAUAAGCACAUGAUCUGCAGGGUUAACUAUCUUUUGGAUUUUUUCUCUCCUGAUAUUACCUUUAAGAGAGAAAAAUAAUCACUCUUAUUACUUGACUGGUGCAGUCUAUAGAUUCCUUUGCUUGCCCUGUACAUUCACACUACACUGUUUUAGUAGUUAAUAAUAAUCCUUCUGACCCUGGCACCUGGAAAACAAUUGGUUCUGGUUUAUCUGUUACUGUUGGGCAGAAUGAACAGUUUGGCCAAAGUGAUAGAAAUAGCUAGCAGCAAAUUGGAAGCUUCUUCUUUGGGGUUUUUUUUUUGUUUGUUUGUUUUUAGGCUUGUCUUGUUUGAUGUUCGGUUAAGAUACUGGAAAUAACUUUGACUAGUGUGCUAAAUUCAAACAUUUAUUUAGAAAUUGAGUCCAGAGUCAGGUUGAGAGCCUUAAUUUCCCCAUAUGGAAAAUAGAAUAGAGCCAGGUGCUUCUCUUUGUGCGUGUAGUCAGGUUGUAGGAUUUUGUGAGUCAAUGAUACACUCCACCCUAACUUAGCUUUCAUGUUCCCUAUUCCAUCACCACAUCACCACCACCGCCAUCAAUGUCACUACUAACCAGUUUGACUAGGGAAAGAUGACAGAAAAUACCUCCUAACGGGAAUAAACUCAGUGAAUAUUUUUCUGUUUUUAAGGAGGCCAUUUUCAAUCAUUUUCCCAAAUAUAUUUCUGAAAAUCCUUGUCCAGAUAAGAACCAUUGGCAUGAGCAAUCCUAACAUGUUAGAACUGCAGUGGUCUCCAGGAGCCUCCAUCCUAGGAAUUCUGUGUUAGCUAGCUGAAUAUUGCAAUCAGCUGGGGAGUUUUUUUAAAUGCCAAUUCUUGGGUCCUAUCCUUUAAGAGAUUGUUUUAUAAUUGGUCACGAGUAUGGCUUGGCCACCUGCAUUAUUUGAAGUUUGGCUCUUGUUCCCAAGGCUGCACUAGAAUAAUAAGGACCAAUGGUUUGAGGCAGAAGAAAGAGUUUCUUAAUUUCUGGCAAAUGAGGAGGCUAGCAUACUUCUAUCUUAAAGGACCAGUGUCCUCCUUCUGAGUACAAGUACUGACCUUGUAGAGGGGAUGGUUCUGAUCUUAUCUUCAGCUAAGACAAUCUCAUGACCUCCAUCUGGAUUCAUCCCAUCUUCUGUGGCACAAAGAACAAAGUGCACUCCCCUUUCCCUCCUGACCACCAGCCUGAGUCAGGGAUGUAGAUUUUAGUUCUCAAAAAGGGUAAGGAAGUUUUGAAGACACAGGAAACAUUUUUACCCUUUUACAGGCCAUUUAUUUUCUCUGUUACACCUGAAUUUAGUGAGAAGAUGAUUAUGUUAAUCAGUUAGAUAAAAGUGUUCCACAUUGUAUAUCAAAUCAGCAUAUUGUACCACAUAAAUGCAUUAAUGUACACAGUUAUGAUUUAAUAAAGGACAAA